UAUGCUACGUUUAACAAUCCUGUGUUUUCUGGUGAUUUCCUUUCCGCAAGUUUUCUCCGAGAUUUACAGUUCGAUCCAAUCUGUCCAAGAUGCGUGGGGACUGGAGAGAGAGGUGCUCAAAGAUGCGGAUGAGGUCUUGAAAGACUUUAACACGAGCACUAUCAGCUAUCCGUACGACAUCCACUCGCUCGACGAGUUUAAAAGUUUUCUCGCAAAAACAAACGAACUCCAUCAAAAAUAUGAUGACGAAGAUGCCCUGGCGGUGUAUCUCCAACAUCCCAUCCAUAUCUAUCACUUCAUCAAGCGCUGCGUGGUGGAUUGGAGAUUUCAUACUCAACACUUUUAUUACUUAGGGGAAGACAUGAUCGAAUAUGCAGGUAUGCUUGUCGACUUGUUCGAUGAGUACCUCCUUUGGCCGAGUCGCACCGACCUGACUGCUGCUUCCUUGGGGUUCCUACGGUUAGAUAAAUUCUACCAAUUGAGCUUUCAAGAGAUUGCAAACGGAAGCAUACAGGGGAUUCCCUCUGAGCCGCUGACAGUUGAAGAUAUGUAUGAUAUAGCCAUGAUUGGAGUGGAAAACUGGCGACCCUGGUCAGCUGUCAAGUGGUUAGAGGAGGCGGCCACUCGCCUCUGGAUGGGUGAGGUCGGAGGACCAGGUGCGACGAGUUAUGCAAAGGUGGCGUUGAAACUUGCGGAGGUUUACGACAAGUUCGGAGACCACCACUUGGCAGCGUUUACGGCGGAAACCGUUGCUCGAAUGGAACCACAGAGCGAAUAUUUCCAGGACUUAUUGGGAUACUACAAAGAGAAAAACGCCACCUAUCCAUCCAGGGAGAUCGUACCACACAAGCAAUUUCACUUGGAUCAGGAUCAAUAUGAAAGUCUUUGUAGAGGGGAAGUUCCUGAGAAGCCAGCGAAUGUUAUCAGGCAUCUUCGCUGCUUCACAAAACCCUCGGCCAUUCCUUAUCAUCUCGCCAAGAUCGAGGUCCUCCACGUCAACCCUAACAUCUACAUAUUUCACGAUGUCGUGUACGAGGGCGAGCAAAACGAAAUUCGGAAACUUGCGAGAAAGAACUUGGAGAGAUCGACGAUAACUCAUCUUGAGGGCUAUCCUAACACUGGGGAAUUCCGCAUUAGCAGAACUUCCUGGUUAUAUGGGUUAGACCCGGACGCUGGCGACGUACUCCCCAGAGUGUACAAACGAGCCCAGCAGCUCUCAGGACUGAAAAUUGAGUUAGUGGAUGGAUUGCCAGGCUUCAGUGGCAUGCAGGUUCUCAACUAUGGUAUCGGAGGCAUGUAUGGACCACACGUAGACAUUAUAGGUACAUAUAAAGAUGACGAAUAUGAUGUGAAUAAUCUGAGCCCACUUGGAGACAGAAUCGCCACAUGGCUAUUAUAUCUGAGUGACGUCGAAUACGGUGGCGCCACUGUCUUCCCACAUCUGGGUGUCCGCGUCCCCAAUCUGAAGGGGAGUGCUGCCCUGUGGUACAACUUGAACAGAGACGGCACACCCGACAGGCUAACACUGCACGCCGGUUGCCCGGUGGCUAUCGGGUCGAAAUGGAUCGCCAACCUUUGGUUUGCCUACAACCAACAAGUCUUUAGCAAGCCAUGUCUGCCGGAUAACAAACAGGGUCUCUAGAUGAUCCAAGAUCUGUAGAGCGAACUGGCGUCGAUUCCUGCAGACCUGAGUGUCUGAGGCAGAGGAAUAUGAGAAGUUUUUCUCGCUUGUGUAAUUUCAAUAUACAUGUACAUUGUAUUACCAUCAUUUCAUCAGUAUUGUAAUCCAUCCCGAUUUGUUUGAGAUAAGUGCACAAUGAAGGUGAUAAGGACGUAUAAGUCUGCCUUUCUAUUGUUUUCAAGGACGUGAGGUGGAAUAUUUCAUCAGAAUUAAUCGUGAAA